AUGGCCGACGAGGAGCUGGACCUGUUCGGCGCCUUCGACGACGCGACCGCCACGCUCACGGCCGAGGAGCAGGCCGCCACCUCCGCCAAGCGCAAGGAGGCGCCCGCGCCCGCCGCCAACGACGACAAGGCGGCGUCCCCGCCCGCCAAGAAGCAGCAGCAGCAACAACCCCAAAGUCAGAGUGAUGGUCGUCCGGCCUCCACGGCGCUCAAGGUCGUGGAGGGCAAGCGCAUCGACGCGACGCCCGUGGACGGCAGCGACAAGGGCUCGGGAGGCGUCGUGUCCACCGGCACGCAGCAGAAGAACCUCAUCUCGUUCUCCGUGUACCCGCCGGACUACGAGAUGACGCCCACGGCGGGCGCCGCCGCCGAGAACCCGGCCAAGACGUACCCGUUCACGCUGGACCCGUUCCAGCAGCAGGCCGUGGACUACAUCGAGGCCGGCGAGUCGGUGCUGGUCUCGGCCCACACGUCGGCCGGCAAGACGGCCGUGGCCGAGUACGCCAUCGCCAAGUCGCUGCGCGACAAGCAGCGCGUCAUCUACACGUCCCCCAUCAAGGCGCUGAGCAACCAGAAGUACCGCGACCUGGAGGAGGAGUUCGGCGACGUGGGCCUCAUGACGGGCGACAUCACCAUCAACCCGUCCGCGACGUGUCUGAUCAUGACGACGGAGAUUCUCAGGAGCAUGCUCUACCGAGGCUCGGAGAUCAUGCGCGAAGUGGCGUGGGUCAUCUACGACGAGAUCCACUACAUGCGCGACAAGGAGCGCGGCGUCGUCUGGGAGGAGAGUAUCAUCCUGCUGCCGCACAAGGUGCGUUUUGUGUUUUUGUCGGCCACGAUCCCCAACUCCAAGGAGUUCGCCGGCUGGAUCUGCCACAUCCACCACCAGCCCUGCCACGUCGUGUACACGGACUACCGUCCCACGCCCCUGCAGCACUACAUCUUCCCCGCUGGAGGCAACGGACUGCACCUGGUGGUGGACGAGAAGGGCAAAUUCCGUGAAGACAACUUCCAGAAGGCCAUUGCCACGCUGUCGGCGUCGGUGGACGACGCGGCGGCGGAGCUGGCGUCCUACGGCAGCAACACCAAGCGACGCAAGGCCCAGAAGAGCAACCCCAAGAAGAAAGUCGGCACGGACGUAUUCCGCAUCGUGAAGCUCAUCAUGGAGCGGCAGUAUGACCCCGUGAUCAUCUUCUCCUUCAGCAAGCGCGAGUGCGAGUCGUACGCGCUGCUCAUGUCCAAGCUCGACUUCAACACGGAGGAGGAGAAGCAGUCCGUGGACCAGCUCUUCAAGAACGCCAUGGACUCGCUCUCGGACGACGAUCGCGCGCUGCCACAGGUGGACUCGAUCCUGCCGCUGCUUCGUCGUGGCAUCGGUAUUCACCACGGUGGUCUGCUGCCUAUUCUCAAGGAAGUGAUCGAGAUUCUGUUCGGCGAAGGUCUGCUCAAGUGUCUGUUUGCCACCGAGACUUUCUCAAUGGGUCUGAACAUGCCUGCCAAGACGGUCGUGUUCACCAACUGCCGCAAGUACGACGGCAAGGACUUCCGCUGGAUCACUGCCGGCGAGUACAUUCAGAUGUCUGGUCGUGCUGGUCGACGUUCGCUGGAUGCACGUGGUAUCGUUAUUCAGAUGCUGAGCGAGCAGAUGGAGCCGCAGGUGGCCAAGGGCAUUCUCUACGGCCAAGCCGACCCGCUUUUCAGCACAUUCCACCUCGGCUACAACAUGCUGCUCAACUUGAUGCGUGUGGAAGAUGCCGACCCGGAGUACAUGAUCAAGCAGUCUUUCCACCAGUUCCAGAACGAGCAGGCCGCGCCUGCGCUGGAGGAAGCGCUUGAGCGCGCCAAGGAGGAGAAAGACCAGAUCGUGAUCAAGAACGAGGAAGAAGUCGCGCAGUACUAUUACCUGUCCAGGUCGCUCGUGCGUCUUAAAGAGGAGUUCCUGGCUAUUCGCAACAAGCCGGACUAUGUGGUGCGCUUCCUCAACGGUGGUCGAUUGGUGAAGCUUUACUGCCCGGACAGCGAUGAUGGCACGACUAAACCCAAGUGGGACUGGGGCGUUGUCGUCAACUUCACCACCAAGAACGCCAGCGACUCGACCUCUGCGACGCCUGACACGAUUGUGCACGUUCUCCUGAACUGCGUGGCAAACAAUGGCAACGCGAAGUCGAACGAUGCCACCAACAGCAGCACUGCCUCGGAGCUGCCCACUCCGGCCCCGGAAGGAAUGAUGGGUCUGUCGUCGUCAACUACCUACGAGAUGAAGAUCUGCCCUGUGCCGCUCGAGAUGCUGGACCUGCUGUCGUCGCUGCGUGUGUAUAUUCCCAAGGACUUGCGUACGUUAGAGAGCCGUCAAACUGUAGGCAAGUCGGUCAAGGAGGUGCUGCGCCGAUUCCCUCAGGGUGUGCCGCUUUUGGACCCGCGUGAAGACAUGGACAUCCAGGACGAGCAGUUCGCACGUGUGAUUGAAAAGACGGUCGAGGCAGAGAAGAAGCUGAAGAGCUCGGCCUUCCACAAUGCAGCUGACAAGGAGGCUAGAUUUGCCCUGUACAACCUGAAGAUGGAGAGCGAGGCCAAGAUGCGUGAGCUGGAGCGUAAGAUCAAGGAGUCCAAGUCCUUGGUGCUGCGUGACGACCUGCGCCGUCGCCGACGUGUGCUGCGGAGACUUGAAUUCGUGGACAAGGAGGGUGUGAUUCAGCGUAAGGGCCGUACGGCUUGCGAGGUGUCUACGACGGACGAGCUUUUGGUGACGGAAAUGAUCUUCAACGGUCAGUUCAACGACUUGUCGGUGAACGAUACAGUGGCGCUUUUGAGCUGUUUGAUUAACACGGAGAAGAAGAAGGACAGCGACAAACCGCCGCAGGCCGAAAGCUUAGAGAUCCCUGUUCGCCAGCUGCGCGAAAGUGCGCAGCGCAUUGCAAAGGUGAUGCAGGACGCCAAAAUUACUGUCGAUGUCGAUGAGUACGCCGGUGCGUUCAACACAAGCCUGGUGGACGUGGUGAUUGCCUGGUGCCAGGGGGCCAAGUUCUCGCAGAUUUGCAAGAUGUCGGACGCGUUCGAGGGCACGAUUAUCCGUUGUUUGCGUCGCCUUGAGGAGUUGCUGCGCCAACUUACGCUGGCUGCGCACUCCAUCGGUGACCGCGACAUCGUGUUCGCCGCCUCCCUCUACCUGUAG